AGUCGGUUGCUGGGAUGAUGGCGGCGGGGACUGGCAAGCACAAAUUGCUGAGUACUGGCCCAACCGAACCAUGGUCAAUUCGAGAAAAGUUAUGCUUGGCUUCCUCAGUGAUGCGGAGUGGAGAUCAGAACUGGGUAUCAGUUAGCAGAGCAAUUAAACCUUUUGCAGAACCUGGACGGCCACCGGAUUGGUUUUCACAAAAGCAUUGUGCAUCGCAGUACUCAGAAUUGUUGGAAACAACAGAAACACCCAAACGGAAGCGUGGUGAGAAGGGAGAAGUUGUGGAAACUGUGGAGGAUGUAAUUGUUCGCAAGCUCACCGCUGAGCGAAUUGAUGAACUAAAGAAACUUAUUAAAGAGACUCAAGAGAAAUACAGGAAGGUGAAGAGAGAAGCAGAGCUGAUUCAGGCUGGGCAUGUGGAUAGUAAGCUUCAGGAAACGUGGAAUGAAAUUGCUGUGAAGAAGAAACUUGAAGAGGAGGAGGCUGAAAUGAAAAGGCGUGCAACAGAAAGCGCUUAUCAGGCCCGUCAAGCAGCAAAAAAUGCCCCCAAAAGAUUGACUAAUUUGCCUAUCCGGUCUCCAAUGGAGUCGAAUUCUCCUGGAAUAGACUAUUCUGUGACAGAUACACAACAGGCCAGUGAGGACAGCCACACUAGUUUGGUGUCGAUGAACAUUGGAAGUGCUCCGUCUAUUCCAGUGAUCUCAGCCCCUGAGACUCCUGGACCUGCUGUUACCUCCACUAAUCUUGAAACUCCUCUGACUCCUGUUUUGGAGGAUUCGCCCCAGAAAAAGUUAUUGGGGCAGAAGGCCACGCCUCCACCCUCUCCACUGCUAUCUGAGCUCCUGAAAAAAGGGAGUCUCCUGCCUACCAGUCCUAGGCUUGUCGGUGAUGUUGAUCUCCAGAUGAACUCUACGCAUGUUACUAGUCCCAAUGUUCAUGUUGAAAUGGGAACAGGUGUAUCAACCCUGCAUGUUCCAGAGCUGCAGCCAACCUGUACCAGUGUACCGGUAUCUCCAGCACCUACAGGAGCCCCUACUCUGUCAAGGCUUUUGGAGGUCGGCCUCUCGCAGUUCACAUCACCUUUCGUUCCUUUCUCUACCACCAGCCGUGAGGCACCACCUCCAGUUAAACCUAUGCAAAUUCUAACUGACCAGGUGUAUUCAGCCACCACCGCAACUAUGACGCAGAAGAACAGCAGGACAGUUGAGGAAACCACCAUUUGUGUUCAGGUAGAGAGUUGUGUGGAGCAGCCAGCUCUCUCAGUAUCUGCAGAUCUGGCCAGUUUCUCUGUGUUAAUUGACUCUGGAGAAAGCAGGUGUCUGCCACCUGGCACUCUGCAGAUUGCAAGACAAAGAGAGAGCGUUGCAGAUCAGCACCGGUCAAAGCAACUUGAAGGCAAUGUUAAUACUGGAGUAUCUGAUUAUGCCAGUGUACUUCAUUUGGGAAACCCUGCAGACAUCCUAGCAAUUAUUGAAGAAAAGGUUGAGGAAACACCGGAGCUGAUUGAUCUUCCUCCUGAUGUUGGAGAGCGGAUAGCGGCUGUUGAGGGAAAUCCUGCCUCCCUCUUUCAGGCAGAACAGAUGAUAAAGGAGGAAACUGAAGAAAUACAGCCACAGACUCACAAAUCAGAGUGCCGAUCCAGUGAAGAGACGCAAAUUUUGGCUGGAUUGGACUCUGCUGACAAUUUAGUUAUCAAAGGAAUUAAACAGGAAUUACCAGAGCAAGUCGAGCAGGAGCAAGAUCAGGAAGAAGAAUCCAAUUCAGGACACCUGCAACAAAUGGCAAGUGCAGGAAAAAUUACAACUUUUCGAGGCUUGAAAUCCGAGGUACUUGGAAUGGAACAUACUUUGCCGAGGAGUGCCAUGCGAAGUAAAAGCACAUCUGAGGAAACAUCACAUCCCUUGCCACGGAGCACUGCACGAAGCAAAAGUACCUCUGAGGAAAUUGGACACAUGUCACCCAGGAGCGUUACACAGUGCAAAAGUACUUCUAGUGAAGUGGGACAAUCUGAAAUUGUAGAAACCACAAAGGAUGAGACUGGAUUAGUUUUAAAGGGCCAAAUCAAGCUGCAGGAUAUGCUUAUUCCCAAAGAGGAAGAUGGAGCUAGUGAAGCUGCCAGUGUGGAUGAGACCAGGGAGGAGGAACCAAAUGAGGUUUAUAUGUCAGAAACAGACAAUGAACCGCCUGUCAGUGAGAGCGACGAUGGAUUCAGCAUUCACAAUGCACAUCUGCAAUCAUCAGUCCUUGCUGAUUCAAUACCAAGCAGCCCAGCUUCCUCACAGUUUUCAGUUUGCAGUGAAGACCAGGAGGCCAUUCAAGCUCAAAAAAUUUGGAAAAAGGCUAUUAUGCUAGUAUGGAGAGCAGCUGCUAAUCACAGAUAUGCCAAUGUAUUCCUUCAGCCAGUAACGGAUGAUAUCGCCCCAGGAUAUCAUAGCAUUGUACACAGGCCAAUGGAUUUGUCAACAAUAAAGAAAAAUAUAGAAACUGGUUUAAUUCGCACAACAGCAGAGUUUCAGCGGGACAUAAUGCUGAUGUUCCAAAAUGCAGUGAUGUAUAAUAGUUCUGACCAUGAUGUGUAUCACAUGGCAUUAGAAAUGCAACGAGAUGUCUUAGAACAAAUUCAGCAAUUUUUAGCUACUCAAUUAAUAAUGCAGACCUCAGAAUCUGGAAUCAGUGCUAAGAGCCUACGUGGGCGUGAUUCAACACGAAAGCAGGAUUCUGCAGAGAAGGACAGUGUCCCAAUGGGCUCUCCUGCCUUCCUUCUCUCUCUCUUUCCAGCAACAGCAAGCGCUGUGACCUAUCUGAUGACAAAAUACUGUUAACGAUCUCUGCAAAGCAGUUAAUUGCUGUUACCAGGAUGGUGGUACAAGAGGACGUCGCUGUGCGAUUGAAGCAGAUAUGAAAAUGAAGAAGUGACUCUCCCCAAUUGGACUUAAUGUGAAAUGUGCAGCGCUGUAUGAAGCUGUACUACCUUCAUCAGUAUUGAUGGGAAUAACUUGUACAGCCUCAUUUUAGUGUACAGUUUUUGUUCUGAGAACAAUGUAUGUGCUGAAUAAAAUUAUUCAAACAGCCUGAAAGGCUUUGUGACUUUUGGAACUUUAUAUAACAAAUGAAGUUAUGUUAAUAACUAUGGGAAACAGAACAGCUAUCACUUAUGUUAAUUAGCUUAGGGAAGUUUCGGGGAAUUUCUAUUUAUUUUGUAAAUGGCACAUUGCAUUUGUGCUUUGCUUGAGCUUUUUAAAGAAGGACUUUUUCUUGAAUAUCCAUCAAAGGUUUUGAAGUUUAAAUUUCUUUGUUGAAUUGCCUCUGUAAUUGGGUAAGUACCUUCUGUCCUGAGUGGAAAGAUGAAAUGUAAAAUAGAUUUUAUAGAAUUUCAGAUUUCAGUGUUUGUUACAAGAGAAAAAGUUGCAAGAAUAAAUUAGCAGAACAGGCCUUCAAUACAAUUCAAAUUUGAAUAUGCAUAAUAACUGAGGCUAUGUCCACACUAGACCGGAUAAUUUUUAAAAAGCCGGUUUCACGUAAAAACGAUAGGCGUCCACACUAUACGUUUUAAAAAAUAUCUCUAUCCACAUUGAAACGGAGAUUUCAGCAAAUUUCCUCCUCAGGACACAUCUACCGAAAACAAGCGACAUGUUUGGUGUCGAAUCUCGCUGUAAAUGUGUGCGUUUGUGCAGUUACAGACCAGAAAAACUUGAAAUGACGGACAGCUGUUGGCUUUCAUGCAGGAGAACUUAAAAGUAAAAAAAAACAAAUAUUGGAGCGUACAGUGGCAACCGACAGGAAGUUCAUGGACAGAUUGACCCAGCUGACGACGAACAUUGAAAAACUGACUAACUCUGUUGCAUUAAUAAAGCACCUUGUUAAAUGUAUAAAUGCUUCAAUGUCUGCAUUAGUGUUAUCUUGUAUUUCCAUACAAUGUUGCAGUAGGCUGUUACACAUCUAUUGUCAGAGAAGUACUUGCAUAAAUAGGUAAACCACCUUCAUAUGAGCAAGGACAGAAAACAGGGCAAAGUGAGUAUACUUAUUUAUUCAGUAAGUUAUGGGUCAAAGUAUUUGGUGAGUACAUUUCUAACUCUUCUGGUGUCAGUUUUGUUGCCGUCUGUUCUGACAUUGUUAGGUUGUGUUCAAGAAAGCAAUGAAAUAGCACGCUGCUGUCUGACAGUGUUUUCAGAAGUCUCCGGUUACCCUGUCCACACUGCUCCGGCCAAUCCGGCGUUUUCAAAAAUACACACUUUGGAGAACAUUUCUGAAAAGCUCCAGUUUCGGGGGUUGAAAAUGCCGUUUUAGUGUAGGCGAAGGGUAAAAAUGAAGAGAAAAAGCUUCGGUUCCAGAUUUAUCCGGUGUAGUGUGGACGUAGCCUGAAUUGUACUGUCUCUAUAGGAUGAUGAUAGAUUAUGCUGCAUCUUUCCAGUUAUAAUGACUCAGCUUAAUCUGUGAGGUAUACUAUUAUUAAAUUCCAUUUAAUAGUGUUGAUACUAUUAGAAGGUGUGAUUGUUAUAUCAAAAUGUGCAACAAUACUCAUUUAUAAAAUUCAGUUCAAAGCGAGAAUGCUUCAAAGAAGCUAUAUUCUACUGUUAGCCCCCAUUAAAAUGGAUUAAAGAUUUUGAUGCUUGUACAAUUUGCCAAAACUGGGUAAAUGUUCUGUGUCACUUAUCUUCAUGAACACAAUGCCCGAAAGGUAAAUUUCUAGCAAAAUUUGAGUUCUCUUCUUCAAUUAUGUUAUUUUCAUUGUGCAUGCAUAAUAUGUAUGUGCAUGCUAACAUAACACUGUCAUACAUGACAGUUAAUUUUAUUACUUAUGGCUCAAUAAUUUACAAUCAAAAUGCACUUGUUAUAUUGCAUUAUUUUUUAAAUGAUCUUAAUUCCCUUCUAGUUUUAUAAAAUUUACAUGAAUAAAGGAAACUGAACUAGUCUGAACAUUGCUCCCCAUAUCUGUGAAGUAGUUAAAUAAACCAUUGAUUAAGUAAACAUUGGAUGUAGAAUCUAAAUGCUGGAUGUCCAUUAGCUUGCAAGCAAUGUGUCCCAUCAUAUUCAUAUGUAACAUCCCAGCAGAAGAAAUGCAAGUAAUGUUUAUUACAUUUACAAAUAUUUGAAUUUGUCUGAUUAUGUAAAUAAAAAUUUACAUGGUAAAUAUGCUAGGUUACUAUAUCUGCACCCAGCAUUUUUAUCUGAAACCUUGUAUUAAUUACUGUAUGUCUGAUCCUUUAAUAUAUUAUAAUUAAAGUAUAAUUAUG